UACAAAUACUCAACUUGCUUUACCACUUUCAGAUUUUCUACAGAUGCUAGCCAGGCAAAACGCCAGGAGAAAAUGCUGCCAGAACACAACCAUUCAGCUCUGAAACCACACAACAUCCCUUCUGUGGUCUUUCCUUUGCAGAUACUUCUAUGGCUGGGAUUCCUGACCUAGAGAAGGAGGGCUGGUGCCCACCAGGAUGGGACUGGGAUGUCCCCACAAGCCGGAUUUACUGCUUUUCGGAUGCCUCCUGCCCCGGGAGCGAGAAAUGCUGCACCAUUGGGACUAUGAGGAUCUGUGUGCAACCUGCCAUGGUGGGCCUAGGCUACUGCCCCAACCUUUGCCCUUCCGUGGUGGAGCCCUGCCUGGUCAGCUGCCUGGACGACACCUGGUGCGGACCGGGAGAGAAGUGCUGCCAGUUGGACUGCCAUGUUCGCUGUGUGGCUGCUGAGCCAGUUAGACCCGGCAUUUGUCCAAGGAAGAGGAUUCUGCUGAACGCUCAGCCUUGUGCAAAUCAGUGCGUUGAUGACCGGACCUGCCCCAAAGGCCAGAAAUGCUGCUUCACGGGCUGCAGACUGGAGUGUGUUCAUCCCAUUGCAGCGGAAGUGUCCCAUCCAUGUCCAGAGGCAUCGCCUGCAACUACACUGAAGAAGUGUGACGAUCUCUGCGUGAAUGAUACGGACUGCCCAACUAACACAAAGUGCAGCCCCACCGACUGUGGCUUCCAAUGCAAAGAGCUUCCUCCAGCAUCCACCGCUUGGCCAGCUGCACCUCGAUCAAGGCCAGCUCCCAUUUCAACCUCUGUCCAGCCUCUCCUGACCUCUCCUCCUCCAGAAGCAGAACAGUCCGGUGUGUGUCCCGUGACCUUUCCAAAGACCUUGCAUUUGUGCCGAGACUGGUGCCGCACCGACCGGGAUUGCCCCACCAGGAAGAAGUGCUGCCAGAAUGGGUGCAUCCGGGUUUGCACAGAGCCUCUCUGGGUGAAACCCGGAGCAUGUCCUCUGCGGCUGAGGGGGUCCAUGGGUCCCUGUCCGGAGCCAAAUCUGCAGAACUGCAGCAAGGACGAUGACUGUGCCGGGGCCCAAAAGUGCUGCCCCAUUGGCUGCAGCAGCGUCUGCAAGGAGCCUGAGGAAGUGCGCCCCGGAUCCUGUCCCCUUGUGUCUACACAGAGCAGCAAGGAACCUGAGUGUCCCACCUUGACCUUCUGCAUUAGAGACAAGGACUGCUCCCAGAAACAUAUGAAGUGCUGCUGGCACACCUGUGGCUGGGUCUGCUUGGCUGCCACAGGCUCACUGACUCCUCUGCCUCUGAUGAAGGAAGAACCGGCAAAGUCAAAAGCAGAAGAGAUGGUGAAGGCAUAGUGUUUGAUAGAUAGCAAAAUUUCCCAUGUACUGAGAUGAUCAGCCAGCCAUUCAGCUUCUUAUUUGGUUGUUUGGAUGUGUUACCAUUUGCUGAUUGUGAUGCCCAAGAACCUCACUCUGUACAGAGAUAUGAAUGCAUCUACACCAGGCAUGGACAAACUUAGGCCCUCAAGGUGUUUUGGACUGCAACUCCCACCAUUCCUAACAGCCUCAGGACCCUUCCUUUUGCCCCUCAGCCGCUUAAGCGGCUGAGGGGCAAAAGGAAGGGUCCUGAGGCUGUUAGGAAUGGUGGGAGUUGCAGUCCAAAACACCUGGCAGGGAGGCCCAAGUUUGCCCAGGCCUGAUCUACACUGUGGACCAACUGUAAUAGCAAAUAAUGAGAUGCUGUGUCUGCAUGGAUAUAUAUGUACAAUUAUAAAUAAUAGAGUUUAGGAUUCUAUGUUUUUAUAUGUCAUAUGCCAGGGUUUGGUAACAGGAUUCGAAAUGUGUGAGUGCUAAAAUCCCAUUAUAUGAAAUAGCAUUGCAAAAACCGGUAAUGCAUAUAUAAAAUUGCAAAAAAAUAAUAAUAAUCAUGAUGAUGUUGUAGAUGAUAGAAAAAUAUAGAUAAUAUAACUGUGGAUGCUCAAGUUACAUUAUAUAAAUUGUAAAAUUGUGUGCCUGGUAUAAAAUGGCAAAAUCAAGGGCUGCUUUUGGGAAUUUAUAAUCAUUAUAUUUGUUGGGUUGUUGUAUGUUUUCCGGGCUGUAUGGCCAUGUUCCAGAUGUAUUGUCUCCAAGCAUUUGGCCUGCAUCUGUGGCUAAUGGCAUCUCCAGAGGACUGUUGGCAGUGAGGCAAAUGGAGUGUAUAUAUCUCUGUGGAAUGUCCAGAGUGAGAGAAAGAACCCUUGUCUGUUUAAAACACUGGUCCUCAAUCUGUGGGUCUCCAGAUGUUUUGGCCUUCAACUCCCAGAAAUCCUAAUAGCUUGUAAACUGGCUGGAAUUUCUGGGAGUUGUAGGCCAAAAUACCUGGGAGCGCACAGGUUGAGGACCAUUGGUUUAAAGCAUGUGUUAUGUCUCAGGGACCUUUGGCCCAUGACCCCGCAGCCAUCAUAGAUCAACUUGAAGAGGAUUUGGGUUUUUUCCCAUCUCAGCAAGUCCCCUGUUGACAUUUUCGUGCCAGAGCCAAUUAGGGAUGCCCUUGAAACAGAGCCUGGUUCCCCGGAAAGUUUGGUGUUUGAUAGGAAGGCUUUUCUCAAAACACAUCGCUCCCAUAAGCAGUUUCUAAGACAAAGCGCGAGAUUAGCGGAGAGAGAUGAUUGUGAUUAAAUCGUUUCCCUUGGGAAGUUUCGGGGAGGCAGGCAUCUGGUACAAUGUUGAAACAGCUUCGUUCUCUGGGAAGAUUUGGGGAGUUAAACACCUGUUGGGGGAAGCUCUUGAACUUCCAUAAAAGUUCUGCACUGAGCUUUCCCUAUCGCGGUGUCAACGUGACUAUUCAUAGAAGAACAUCGACUCUUGUUCCUGAGCUUUGAAGCGGCCCUCCGGUGCGCUUACUCACGAGUAAACCGGGAGUUGCAUUCCACUCCUUGUCAAGUUUGGACUGCGUUUCAGAUCCACCACGAAAUACCUUACGUAGCCUUGAAUCCUUGUUCUGGACUUUUCUCCUUGUGAAACCUUGCUCCUUCCCCACUCAAACUUCCAAAGAGUUUGAGUAUGUUUCAGUUAUUUGGAUUGUAGACUUUGGACUCUAAUACUGGACAUAUAACUUCAUUAUAUUGGACUAAUUUUGAUCUUCUCUAAAAGGUCAACUGCUAGACUAUAUACUCUGCUCAUUUUUGUUUGGAACUUUUAUUGCUUUAAUAAAGAUAUUAGAUUGUU